AUGAAAACAGCUCAUGCCACCACACAUGUGGUUAAAGUUGUUGUUUUACUUCUAUUAUCAACUAGUGCGCUAAUCCAUUCAGCUGAACUCUAUUCGAAAGAUGUCUUGGACUGGUCAGUUCACUAUAAUUUGCAUCAAUUUAAAUGGAAUGAUUCGUAUGUGAAUUCUAACUAUAUUAGAAAAGGAUAUCUUUCUCCAUCUCUUCCUAUUGUUUUCAUUCAACAACACUUGGUUGCUUUCAUAUGGAAUCAAAUCAGCCAAGAGUUUCGUAUAUCUUCCUUGGACGAUUUGAUAAGUAUCAUUAGGAAUAAUAAUACAAGCAUGGGCACAAACAUCUUGAAGAUUGGCAUUGACAGACAUCAAGUGUUGUUGUUUAGUAAUUUACUCAAAUAUCAUGGAAUAGACAUGGAUGUACAAACAACUCACGAAGGAAAAAGUUAUUCGAUUUCUCCUUUCUUAUUCUACAGACGAAACUGUCGACCAAGACAUGUAUUUGAAGACUUUGAUGUAAUAAUUGCACUACCAGGAGAUUUUUUUGAUGUCAUUCGUUAUUAUAGAGAAUCAACUGGUAAGAGAAAAGUUUCAUCUGAGAAACUGACAGAAAGUCAAUGGAACGAAACAACCUUGAUCAAUCCGUCUGAUUUUCUGCCAAUCAAAUUGGCUCCUUCCAAUGUAGGUUAUGAAUAUGAUGUGUACCCUUUCUUCAUGUUGGGAAAUUCCACAUUUAAUCCCAAAAAUUCUUACUACGUUUCGGAUAUAAUUACAUUGAAUCAAUAUUUCGAAUUUGGAAAGGUCACAACACAAGAUCUUGAAUUUAUCAAUUAUCUAUUACUUACCUAUGGUAAUUCUCCCGUCAAUUUCACGUCAGAUUCAUUGGCAUUUGACAAAAUGAUGCUAAAAACUCUUCAAUUCCUAAAUGUUUCUUCAUUUCCUCAACAGUUUAGUCUAGAAAAUGUUUAUUCGAAUUAUUAUUCUUCACAAUAUCACUUUUGCACUGAGAGUACAUGUAAUGAUUAUAUUUCUGCCAAUCAAGAUUAUUGGAAUAUUCCUACUCUCAUUAUUGUAACAUUGUAUUUUAUUAUCUUGUUUAGUUCAAGAUUUUUCCUAAAGGAUUCGUUUAAGAGAAGAUUACUUGUUCCUUAUUUACCUAUUUCUAUUUACUUUUUCGAGUUGACUCAUUCAUAUUAUUUUAACAAAGCUUGCUUACAAGUUAUUAAUUAUAUUCGAAUGUUUGUCAUUACUUGGAUUAUUGCAAGUUAUGUCUUGACAGUUGUCAGAUUUUACAUGUUGAGAAAUUUGUAUUCAUUGCUUAAUAAUCCACUUCUGGUCAAUAAGAAAAUUGGUCAAAUAUCAAUUGUGAAAAGAUUAGUUUCACCAUUGAAUUCAAUUCUUUUGAUUAUUCUACUUUCGGCUAUUAGCUCAGUAGUUUUUUCUCUUCAUGGAAUGGCCAUGUUUUUUGACAUUUUCAUGUUUGAAGAGGAAGUUUUCUCAGUUACAAAUAUUAGUUUUGUAAUUUACAUUCUUGUGGGAUGUUCAUUGGGAAUUGCAACUGUUAUUGUGGAUUGUAUUGUGAAUUGGAAAAAGAUCAAGACGAAAGGUUUAGUCAGCUUUCUGAAAUAUGAUGAUCCAUUUAAGGUAAGAGUGGAUUUACUUUCCAUGAUUCUUCUGUUGAUUGUGGCGAUUAUUCAUGUUUGUGACCCUUCGAAUCUGAGAGUUUAUUUCUUCUUUGAGAGUGUCUUGUUUAUUUUCAUGUGUGGAGGUUUCGCAUUAAUAUUCGAAACUUUUCACACCAUUUUACGAAAGAGAAAUCACCAAACCCUUUCAGAAUUGGAAAAUUUCCUCAAGGAUGAUAAUUUCAAAUUAAUUUUCAAAGAAUUUUCUUCCAAAGAGUUUAGUUUGGAAAAUAUAUUCUUUUUUGAAAAAAUUACUCAACUCAAAAAGCAAUUCGGCAAUUCCACAUUAGAAAUCUCAAUACUUGAUGAAAUUAAUGAUGAUUUCAUUGCUGCCAACUCAAAUUUCGAGCUCAAUAUUCCAUCCAACACCAGACGUUCCUUCAUGGAAAUGAAAAAGAAUGCAACAACCAAUUCAUCCACUGCCAUCCAAUUAUACGAAUUAUUCUCUGAUGAAAUUAUUGUUAAUUUGAAUGAUACAUUGAGUAGACUUGUAGAGACAUCAGAGUUUCAACAUUGGCAUGAAAUUUAUCAAGUUCAAUCGAGCAACAAUGCUGCAAAUAAUUUGUAA